CGGUGACGUCACGCGUGGGCGUGGCCCGGGCUCGAGCCGGUGCCGGCGCUGCCGAACGCGCCCGUCCCGAGCGGUUCAUGCGGCUGCCAGCCCCCCGGGAGCGAUGGCCAGACCGCUGCGGGAAGGGACCCUCGGGGAGCCCCCAGCCCCCCUCCCCUCGCACCCCGCCUGCGGGGGGGGCGGCGGGGGUGCGACCCCCCCCACGCACGAGACCCCCCCCAGCAGAGGAGGAGGAGACCCCCGGGACCCCUCCCCAACGCGCCUGAGCUGCGGAGGACGCGGGGACCCCCCCGGGACCCCCCCGGAGUUUGGGGUCUAUGGGUGGGGAGCACACGGUGAUUUUGGGCCCUCGGAGCCCCUCGGGACCCCCCAAAUUGGGGGCACUGGGGGGGGGCCGGUCCCCAACGGGCGCCUGCCCGCAGCCGCCCCCCCCGGGGCCCCCCCCAGCCCCGAGCAGAUUUUGGGGGCGCGUUUGAGGCUCCUGGGGGACAACUUCCAGCACAGCUACGAGAGACAGCGCCGCGGGCGGGGGCUGCUCUGGGCGCCGCUGCUCCGCUGGGUGGCGCCCUGGAUCGGGGCCGCGCCCGCAGCGCCCCUGGCGGCCAGAGGGGGGAACUGACCCCGAAAACACCCGGGAAACACCUGGAAAACACCUGGGAAACACCUGGAAAACACCUGGGAAACAGCUGGAAAAAUCCGGGAGAACACCUGGGAAAAUCCGGGAGAAUACCUGGAGAAAACCGCGGGACGCUCACGGGAGGGAUUCACCCUCAAAGGGAGCACAAAGCACAAACCCCCCCCCCCCGGAUUGGAGUUGGUAGCGCCCAACCCCCCAUUGGGUUUUAUUUAUUUGGGGUAAUUUAUUCAUGGGGGAUGGGGGGGGGAGGUGC